AUGUCCUAUUUGUGUUUAGGACACUAUCGGUUAGAUUUAGGUGUUUUGUUUACCUCUCAUUUGCGUUUAGGACGCUAUCGGUUAGAUUUCAGUGUUUUGUUUACCUCUCAUUUGCGUUUAGGACACUAUCUGUUAGAUUUCGGUGUUUUGUUUACCUCUCAUUUGCGUUUAGGACACUAUCUGUUAGAUUUCGGUGUUUUGUUUACCUCUCAUUUGCGUUUAGGACACUAUCGGUUAGAUUUCGGUGUUUUUUUUACCUGUCAUUUGCGUUUAGGAAACUAUCGGUUAGAUUUAGGUGUUUUGUUUACCUCUCAUUUGCGUUUAGGACACUAUCUGUUAGAUUUAGGUGUUUUGUUUACCUCUCAUUUGCGUUUAGGAAACUAUCGGUUAGAUUUAGGUGUUUUGUUUACCUCUCAUUUGCGUUUAGGAAACUAUCGGUUAGAUUUAGGUGUUUUGUUUACCUCUCAUUUGCGUUUAGGACACUAUCGGUUAGAUUUCAGUGUUUUGUUUACCUCUCAUUUGCGUUUAGGACACUAUCUGUUAGAUUUCGGUGUUUUGUUUACCUCUCAUUUGCGUUUAGGACACUAUCUGUUAGAUUUCGGUGUUUUGUUUACCUCUCAUUUGCGUUUAGGACACGAUCGGUUAGAUUUAGGUGUUUUGUUUACCUCUCAUUUGAGUUUAGGACACUAUCUGUUAGAUUUCGGUGUUUUGUUUACCUCUCAUUUGCGUUUAGGAAACUAUCGGUUAGAUUUCGGUGUUUUGUUUACCUCUCAUUUGCGUUUAGGACACUAUCUGUUAGAUUUCGGUGUUUUGUUUACCUCUCAUUUGCGUUUAGGACACUAUCUGUUAGAUUUCGGUGUUUUGUUUACCUCUCAUUUGCAUUUAGGACACUAUCGGUUAGGUUUAGGUUCAAGUUUUAGGUUACGGAGGUACGUUUUACUCAUUAAAACCUACAUCUAAUGUUCACCUCAAAAACCUUGUCUGAUUACAACACCAUUUCACUUGGUUUUGGAAAACUGAAGCGAAAUGUGUAAUGAAGCACAUACUUUCAUUUUGCCAAAAUGUUGCCACGGUCAUGCAAUGUUCAUAAGAUCAGGAUGGAAUUUUUGGAGGGUUUAAAAGGCAGAAAUGUGAAUCUUAUAAUUUGAUAAAAAGCACUU